AUGAGUCUACCAAACUUGCCCACUGAAGUAUGGUGGCAAAUCCUGCGCUUCACAGACACCAAGACGCUCUGGCCACUGCGUCGUGUCUCGCGCGCUUUUCUACGCUGCAUUGAAGAUAAGCUCGUUUCUGAAAUCCUGGCCACGGACAAGGCAAAGUAUUUGAUGUCGAAGUAUACCGGCGAUCGCUACACGAAGUGGUACCAAGCAGACGAAAGUCCUGUUCGUAUGCUCAACAUGGCAGCAAAGCAGACCUUUGUCUAUGCUGCAUUCAACCUGUCGCAAUCGACUUCUGCUUGGGAUCAUUAUCAGUUUCCAGUGUACACUUGGGAGAACUGGCAGGAGGCGGAGGCGGAGCGCGAGUACAUAAGGCGAAACACUAUCCCAAACGAUUGGAGCCUCGAAAACGCGAUAAGACUUUCAAUCUGGAGGGAUUCCGACCUGCGAGAUCUUCCGCUACAGACUCCGCCUCUGACAUACGACGAGCUGCACCUGUCCAAAGUUCAAAUCAGGCGUCACAUCAUGGUUAGCGAAGAUAGCCAAUCUUUGUUGGUGCCAAUAUAUCUGCUCUGGGCAGGUCAUUUUGAAUGUGUCGAGGCGCCGAUGCAUCCUGAUGACUUUUCACUCGACGCUACCCAACGAAAAACUGAGCGCCGUGAAUUGUAUUAUUGGACUAACGAGGGAUAUUAUCGACUACAGCGAGAGCCAGGGGACUAG